CUCUCUCUCUCUCUCUUUGUCUCUUUCUGUCUUUCCAUCAUCCUGCAUUUAAAUUCUCUUAUUUUCCAGCAAAAAAAUAUCUCAGAAGAAGAUGGCUUCACUUACUUCUAUUGCCACCCCUUAUCGCAGCUCAACCUAUCCAUCUUCGUCGCAAGCUUUACGUGUCAAACUCACCGGAAACACUCUGUUCUCAGCUGGAGUUAGAUCCCCUGCUUCUUCUUCUUCUUCAUCAUCGUUUCUGACUAUUCGAAGCGCUGCAACGAAACCUGACAAACCAGCAGCUGAAGUCGAUUGGAGACAGAAGAGAGAGCUUCUACUGGAGAAAAGGGUGAGAAGUGUGGACGUGAAGGAAGCUCUGCGGUUACAGAAAGAGAACAACUUUGUGAUUCUCGAUGUUAGACCAGAAGCUGAGUACAAGGAGGGUCAUCCUCCGGGAGCUAUCAAUGUGGAGAUGUACAGACUGAUACGAGAAUGGACGCCAUGGGACAUAGCUCGUCGUCUUGGAUUUGCAUUCUUCGGUAUCUUCUCUGGCACAGAAGAGAAUCCAGAGUUUAUCCAAAGUGUAGAAGCUAAACUUGACAAAGAGGCAAAGAUAAUAGUAGCUUGUUCAUCCGCAGGGACUAUGAAGCCGACUCAGAAUCUCCCUGAAGGCCAACAAUCUAGGUCUCUCAUAGCUGCUUAUGUUCUGGUCCUGAACGGCUAUAAGAACGUAUUCCACCUUGAAGGUGGAAUCUACACAUGGAGCAAGGAAGGCCUUCCUAUUGAAUCUGAAGAAGACUAACUUCACCUCUCAGGUCUUAUAUCCAGUUUUGUAUCUCUGUCGAAUUAAGGUAGUGGCAUUUAGAGGUUUGGCUUUUCCAGAAUGUGUUUUUAAAGUUUGUAAAACUUCAGAUAUUACCAAUGAAAAGCAAACCAGAAUCCAGACAACUUUGAUCAA